GUGUGUAAGUGUGUGUGCGUGAGUGUGAAGAAGGUGUAGAGGGGACCAGUUUGGACCGAGGUAAUCAGUGUGCUCCUCACCUUACUGGGGUCAACAUUUAAUCGACUAGACUCUCAAGAUGGGUUACCCAAAAACUAUGCUGAUAACGUUAGUUUUAUUCGUAACAAGAAUAAAAGGCCAGUACCAACAACCGCAAAAUCUCGUCGAUCAAAACACGGGUACUCUUCUCCAUGCUGUACCUGGUAGCCAAGGUCGUCCACUUCCUGUAUUCCAGAAUCUCCCUGGGGACAGACUGCCAGGCACAGGAAACUCUUUCAGCCAUCCACUAGGAACGGCUCCAGCCACCAGCGGCACCUCCCCUCGGGGAGGUGUUGGCAGUUCGCCUCAGUUUAUUGGUUUUCCUCAGAGCCUUGGUGCUUACCUCGCCCAAGGUGCACCCGCUCCUGACGAACGCUUCAGUCAGAUAAUUGCCCGUGGACCUGAUGUAGACACUACCCAAAGUUUCAUCGGUGUACCAGCUUCUGGUGCAGUGUUUGCACAGGGUAUUGGAGGCAGUCCAGCUCUUGAUGCUGGCUUUAGCAGCGGGCCAAGCGUUGGCGCAGCUCAAAGUUUUCGUAGUGGUGCCACCUUCGCCCAAGGCUUGGCCAGUGGUCAAAUUUCAGGCGUAACCUUUGCCAGCGGUCCUGGUGUUGGCUCUGUUCAAAGCAUCCCUACUGGUUCAGCUCCUAGAGCAGGAUUUUCUCAUGAUAUUGGUAGCCAAAUAAAUGUUAUAAAAAGUGACAGGUCUAGCCAGGUUAAUGUUCCUCGUGUAACUAGUGGGCCAGGAGCAAACAUAAUAAGGAAUUUUGGCAGCCAGGAAGUUAGAAGAGUGGACGCACUCUUGACCCCAACUGUCACCCAAAUUAUCACCAUCGACCGCUGCGUCACUGUCACCGACCAGGCCUUCAACAGCGUGGCCGUGACCCUGACUUCCUUCAGCGUGCAGACUGUCACCGUGGGAACUAGAGCGGUGUUGCAGACGCCCGUCGAUGAUCGCGUCGCUCUCCAGACAUCGGUGUUUGUCCGGCCCGGAACCGUAACAAUAACGGAGGUGAAGUCUGACUUCAGGAUCGUGACUGAAACUUCCCUAACCCACGUGACCCUCGCCCACACGUCCUACGUCAUCAGCCAGUACACCUUCACCACCACGGCCACUCAAGUGUUGACGUACACGGCAACUUUGGUGCAUACAAAUAUAAGUACCCACAGAACGACGUUCACGAAUUUCCGCACAGUAACGGACACCGUAUACGUCAACAGUGGCUACGGCUAUCGUCAACAAUAAGAUGACAUAUUGUAUUUGGUAUGGUAUAGUCAAUAAACUAACUAGGGUU